ACACUGAACCUCUGGUUUUCAUUGGAAGGGAGGGAGGGUGGAUAAGACUUCAUCUAAACCCCUUUCUAAUCCUUCAAUCCCUCUUCUGGAAUACUGAGCAGCCACUCUUCUUUCUGCAUCCACCUGUGGGGCUCAGGUGUGCUACUGACCGUUCGGGGAGCGAAGGCUGAGUCGGAGAGGACUCCUAUCUGAUGUGAGAGAAGCUCUCGCUAAGGCCGGCGCCAUUACCCCGCGCCUCCGCUAGGGGUCUCUCGCCGUCCCCUCAGCAUCCACGCUGUUCUGGAUCGCCGGAAUCAGGUGACUUCUCUCCCAGAUCCCGGCUGGAGCAGCUGCUUCUGCUCAGCAGCAGUAAGCCAGACAAGGCAGGGAGGGAGGCUACGAGGAAGCGGAGGCGGCGGCGGCGGCGAUCGCGGCAGUGGAGGAAGAGGAGGAGGAGGGAGAGGAAGAGGAAUAGCGCAGCUGUAGCUGCAGUGGCCGCGAGGAACCCCCGAGCAGCCCGAGUCCAUCUCCUACCGCAGGGUCGGGAUGCUGCCUCCUUUAGUGCCGCUGCUGCUGCUCUCUUGGACCGUUGGAGCCCUGGAGGUAUCUACUGAUGGAAAUGCUGGACUCUUGGCCGAACCCCAGAUUGCCAUGAUCUGUGGAAAACUCAAUAUGCAUAUGAAUGUACAGAACGGGAAAUGGGAGACUGACCCAUCCGGGACAAAAACUUGCAUUGGAGCAAAAGAAGGAAUUUUACAGUACUGCCAGGAAGUCUAUCCAGAACUUCAGAUUACUAAUGUCGUGGAAGCUAACCAGCCGGUGACCAUUCAGAACUGGUGUAAGAGAGGCCGAAAGCAGUGCAAGAGUUAUCCUCACAUCGUCAUACCUUAUCGAUGCUUAGUUGGUGAGUUUGUAAGUGAUGCUCUUUUAGUGCCAGACAAAUGCAAAUUCUUGCACCAAGAAAGGAUGGAUCUAUGUGAAACUCAUCUCCACUGGCAUACUGUUGCAAAAGAGACUUGUAGUGAAAAGAGCAUGAAUCUGCAUAACUAUGGUAUGUUGCUGCCUUGUGGAAUUGACAAGUUCCGCGGUGUAGAGUUUGUUUGUUGCCCAUUAGCUGAUGAAAAUGACAACGUUGAUUCUGCGGAUGCAGAAGAUGAUGAUUCAGAAGUCUGGUGGGGAGGUGCAGAUGCAGAUUAUGCAGAUGGAAGUGAUGACAAAGUAGUAGAAGUUGCAGAAGAGGAGGAAGUAGUUGAUGUAGAAGAUGAAGAUAACAAUGAUGAUGAUGGUGAUGGUGAUGAAGUAGAAGAAGAAGCGGAGGAACAGUACGAAGAGGCUACAGAGAGAACUACUAGCGUGGCCAGUACUAGCACCACCACCACCACCACGGAAUCUGUAGAAGAGGUUGUCAGAGUCCCUACUACAGCAGCCAGCACCCCUGAUGCUGUUGACAAAUAUCUGGAGACACCUGGUGAUGAGAAUGAACAUGCCCAUUUCCAGAAAGCCAAAGAGAGACUCGAAGCCAAGCACCGUGAAAGAAUGUCCCAGGUUAUGAGGGAAUGGGAAGAGGCAGAACAUCAAGCAAAGAACCUGCCCAAAGCCGAUAAGAAAGCAGUUAUCCAGCAUUUCCAGGAAAAAGUGGAAUCGUUAGAACAAGAAGCCGCAAACGAGAGGCAACAACUGGUGGAGACACACAUGGCCAGGGUCGAAGCUAUGCUCAACGACCGUCGUCGUAUGGCUCUGGAAAACUACAUCACAGCCCUCCAGGCAGUUCCUCCACGGCCACGUCAUGUAUUCAACAUGCUGAAGAAAUACGUACGUGCUGAACAGAAAGACAGGCAACAUACCUUAAAGCAUUUUGAACAUGUUCGUAUGGUGGAUCCAAAGAAAGCUGCCCAAAUCAGAUCUCAGGUCAUGACACACUUGCGUGUGAUUUAUGAGAGGAUGAACCAGUCCCUCUCUCUGCUCUACAAUGUGCCAGCAGUAGCUGAGGAGAUUCAGGAUGAAGUUGAUGAGCUGCUUCAGAAAGAGCAAAACUACUCAGAUGAUGUCUUGGCCAACAUGAUCAGUGAACCCAGGAUCAGUUACGGAAAUGAUGCCCUCAUGCCAUCCCUGACUGAAACCAAAACCACAGUGGAACUCCUUCCAGUUGACGGAGAAUUCAGCUUAGACGAUCUGCAGCCAUGGCAUCCUUUUGGUGUUGAUUCUGUUCCAGCUAAUACAGAAAAUGAAGUUGAGCCUGUUGAUGCCCGCCCUGCUGCUGACCGAGGACUAACAACUCGACCAGGUUCUGGAUUGACAAACAUUAAAACAGAGGAGAUCUCAGAAGUGAAGAUGGAUGCGGAGUUCCGACAUGAUUCAGGAUAUGAAGUGCAUCAUCAAAAAUUGGUAUUCUUUGCUGAAGAUAUGAGUUCAAACAAAGGCGCGAUCAUUGGACUCAUGGUGGGUGGCAUUGUCAUUGCAACAGUCAUUGUCUUUACCUUGGUGAUGCUGAGGAAGAAACAGUAUACAUCUAUCCACCAUGGUGUAGUAGAGAUUGAUGCUGCAGUUACCCCAGAGGAGCGCCACCUUUCCAAGAUGCAGCAAAAUGGCUACGAAAAUCCAACUUACAAGUUCUUUGAACAGAUGCAGAACUAGACCCAUAUUAUGUCGGACAGCAACGUGAUUGCUUCUCUGCCCAUCAGUGUUCAUUUAUAGAAUAUUGUGGAAAGGAAAAAAAAAACUCCCAGUUUUAUUAUUUCCUCAUUAUACUCUUCUGACAGCUGUGCUGUAACAUAAUUAGAUGCCUGAAUAUGAAUUAAUGCAAAUCAGUAACAUUCUCUUUAUUUACAUUGCAGCCUUUAAACUACAUUAUUAAUGAAUGGUUUUGUGUGAUAUAAAGAUUUUAGCUGUACUCAACUAAUGCAUGAAUAGAUUCUCUACCUGAUUAUUUAUUAUGUAGCUCUAUAGCCAGUUGCAUAUUAUUCUUGUGCUUUGUGACGAAAUAUUAAGUCCUAAAUGAAAUAUGCUUUAAGAUUCAAGGGGAGGGGAUGCUUUUUAUUUAUGUUGAACUUUAGCUGCUUUUAUUUGCUGGGGUUUUUUUUCCUUAUCACUAUGCAUUUAAAAGCAAAACUAUACUUUUUUUUAAAGUAUUCCAAAUGAUGAGUUAGUCUUUUUUUUUUCUUCCGUAGUUGCAUUUUGUUGUACAGAUUAUUGCCUCUGCUAUAUUAGUGAUAUAGAAUUCAUGAGAAUACAUAUUUGUUUCUUUGUGCCUGUUUUAUGUGCACAUUUUAGACAUUAAAAGUUGAAGCUUUUCUCCUUUCCUACACCUUGCCCCCAUAUUUUAUUUGCUCUUAAAAGAAAAAAAAAAGAUAAAUCUGUUGGUUUUGAGCACUUUCCUAUUGGGGGUUAGGAAUCUGAGGGGAUAUAGCCUGCUGUUCUCAAAUUACCAGGAAUUACCCAAAAAUUUCUGCAAGAUGAUUGUACAGAAUCAUUGCUUAUGAAUCAAUUGCUUUAUACACAGUGUUACAUAAAUAAAUUGAGUAAAAUAA